AUGAAUGAAGGAGACAUUGAUAUAACACGUAUGAAACAAUUUGAUAUAUAUGCAUCCUUUAAAAAUGAGGGAUACAUAUCAAGCAUAGACAUAUUAAAUAACUUAAUUGCAACUACGGAUACUAAGAAUACUAUAAAAAUAUAUGACAUGUUCGAAAAAAAAGAAAAAUUAACUUAUAGUAUUGAAGAUAUAGUAAUUAAUGACAUUAAAUUACUGAAGGAAAAUAUUUUAAAGGAGAAUGAUGAUUGUAAUCCAGAUUUUGAAGUGAACGAAUGUUUAUUUAGUGCAUAUGAAAAUCAAAAAAAAUGUAAAAUAUAUCAUUUUCAUUUAUUAGACAAAAAGAUAAUACAUGUAUUUGAAUUUUCUGGUGAAAUUGUAGAAAAUAGUUUCGUUUUACACCCAAAUACACAUAUAUUUAUUGUUGCAUUAAAAAAUAAAGAGCUUUUAAUUUGUCAUGUAAAAGAUAAAACAACCAUUUACAGAACGAGUGUACACAAUGAACAGUGCAUAGUUAAUUAUAACAAAUCUGGAAUUAUAUAUGCUUACACAGUUACUGAAAAUUUGAUAUAUCUAUGUAGCUGUUUUGGAGAUGAUUAUAAUGAUGAAUAUUUUGCAAAUUUUGACAUUUCAAAAUUAACUGUGAAUAAUAAUAUUUGCACACACAUUGAUUUCUCUUUUGAUGAAAAGAAAAUGCUCAUAGCAACACAAUAUGGCAAUAUAUAUACAUUAGACGCAUACACAGGGGAUGUACUAUAUUCAUACAGUUUUUUGUACGAGAACAGUUACCCAUCUCCUUCCCCCUCCGUAUUAUCCUAUCCCAUUUAUUCAUUUGAUUCUAAUUAUGUACUCUCGGGAGGAAGAGAUGGGAAUCUACAUUUCUGGGAUGUGAAGGGAAACUUUAUAUGCAAAAAAAAAAUUGACAACAAUGUUUUGUUUGUGAAAUGGGUAUAUAACAGAGUUGCCUUUGUGACAACUAGCAAUUACCUCUUAAUCUGGCAAAUACCAAAAAAUGAUUAG